UCUUAUACUUUGCUUCGAUCUUUGUAGGAAAGACUAGUGAUAACCCUAACAAUAACCGAUGGUGAAACUCAUUCAGUAAGCUAGUAUCUAUUUGAUGCUUUUAAACUGAUGCUAAACAUAGCCAGAAGAAGAAUCUGCAACGUACCAUGAGUAAAGAUCAGUGCCAAACUCAUUUAGAUCAACAAGAGUCUACAACAAUAAGCGAGAAUAAGGAUCACCCAGAACAGCAAGAGUCUACAACAGUAAUUGAGAAAAAAGAUUACUCGUUGGAAGGGGAUUUAGGCAUGCCUGUAAUAAAAGCAACACCACGUAGAUUCACGUCUCCAUCAAGAACAAUGUUCCUGACAAUGGAGGAUCUCGAAUUUGUAAGACCUUAUUAUAGUUUUCUGCUCAAAAUAGAGGAGAUACCUGGCGCAAAAGCCCAGCAGCGCCGUGUAGCUGACAAGGAAAGUGAACAUCCUAUAGAAGUUGUCGAUUACCCUCCUCUUAUUUCAAAAAAAGAUUGGAUUGAGAAGUCAAAGGUUUGGAACCUUCAUGGUGAUCUUUUUUGGUCUCGUUUAGAAUCUGAAAAGGGUUCAUUGUUUAUUCAUAUAUGUGGUAUCCCAGAUAAAGGCUAUGGGGCAAUCUUACGUGAUUCUCAGUAUGUCCCAGUAGUGGCUAGGUCCAAAUGUCUCUCUGGUGUAGAAACCACUAUGUCUACAUUCUAUUCUAGGUUGAAUGGAGUUGCACUUGGGGUACAAAUUGCUCGGGAUUAUAAAUUGUCAAACUUUUUCAUGUACCUCCCUUCUUUUGAUCUAUGCAAUUAUAUGAGAGGCAUUUGGGAUCGGAAUGGAGAAGGGGAGAAGUCUGGUUGUUUAGCAAAAUAUCGUGUGACAUCACUGUUGCGCCCGGAAGACAUGUGUGAUUUUGAAAAGAUCUAUUCACUCACCAGAAAUAUAAUCUCUGAUCUCGACGCGAUUCACUAUAGGGGUAUUACCUAUUUCAAAGUGGACCCUGUGCUAAGCAUAUUCAACAAGGCUGCUGCGUUCCUUGCUAACCUCAGUUCAGAAAAAGAGAUGAAGGCUGCAGACAUCUUGGAGAAUGAGCAACUAUCCGAGAUACUUUAUGAAGAUGCAGUUCUCUGAUUUAAGGGUGACGAUUUCUUUUUCUGGUGGUGAAGGUCUAGACUUUGCGCGCUUGGUAGUACUCAGUUUGAGUUUUUCUUAUUUAGAAACCCUCUUUUUGUAGUUGGUAAGAAGAUUGGAGAUUAGUAAGUCAGCUUUUGUGCUGUGCAUCCAGAUUAAUUUAAAUGUUUCUAUCCUUUCCAGACAGUUGUGACUUUUUAGGUGGAACAAAAGAUUGGAACUGUGAACCCUGCAUCACUUACUAGCCUCUCUUGGUGGUUUCAUUAUGUUCUCUAAUACCUGGCAUUAAACACUGCUGCAUUAACAGUUCUUCUUUCUA